AUGAGCUUGAACGCGGUCAGCGACCAGGGCAACGGGGGUUUAUCCGCUGCUAUUGCAGGCGAAAUACUUCCUCAUCUCACCAAGUCCCGCACAUUUUGUAAGACUGCUCGGCUGCGAAUAUCAUUGUCGAAAUCCCAAAAGACGCCCCCUUUCAAUGGGUCAGCCUUUCACAGCCUCAGUGGGAACCCCUUCCUGUUCAUCCUUCGCCGCAUCCGGACGCAGGACUUGGCAGGGCCAGCCGAGAUCACCAUGUUCUCUGAGUGCUCGGUGUGCAAACAUGGCUUGUCGGCCGCUUUCCCCAGGGGCCCCCACCUGUUUCGCCCUAGCCUGUCAUUAUGGUCUUUAUCACGCUAUUUACACAGCCCUGAGAAGUGCGACCACCCACUUUCCGAGACCCCCGAAAGUCGCGUUCCAGACCACGCCCUAUUACCAACGACCUGCUAUCCGAUUCCGACCGCCUGGAAAUGGGGAGCCAGUCAUCUUGAGAUGGCUUUCCCCGAGGUCGGCGCUGUGGCAAAUUUCAUUGACAUGGCUAUGAUGGUCAUCAUCAUAGCCAGCAAUGAGUCGAAAGAAGUGUCGGGUGAGGUCCCAAUGGCCAAGCCGACUCCCGGCGGGCAAAGCUGUCAUUCUGGUGUGGGCUCCCAGCAGUCUGGAGCCAACGUAACGACCAUUUACAUACACUAUAAUUAUCACCCUGCAGGUAUCGGCCUGCUUUUGGAACCUAUCUUGAUCAGAAAGCGUCCUAUGUCGUGUGAAUGA